AUGCUCAAGCAUGAAGGACCACGCGGUUUUAUGGCUGUCAGAGUCACCAAUUUCACCGUCUACCAGAAGUGCAAGCAUGCCAUCUCCGACUUUGUGGAAAGACAGACGGGGACGUCUCCAUUAGCCGUAUACAACACUCCAGGCUCCCUUCCUACUUUCACCGGUGUCUCCUGUUUCAUGGCAUCUGGGAUGCUGGCCGGUCUCUGUGCUGCUCCUAUUGCAUGUCCCUUCGAACUCGCCAAAAACGUGGUUCAGACGUCUGUUCUCAUGGCAAGCAGCCAGCGUGGACCGACGGGAAAGGGCCUCAAGUAUACCUCUCUUCAAAACAUUCCACGUCUAUCGACUAUCCAGGCCAUCAAACAAAUCAUUUCUCGACAUGGCUUCAGCGGUCUCUACACCGGAAUGGGCCUUCACGUUGCACGAGACACAGUUGGCACCGGGCUCUAUUUUGCCGUUUAUGAAACAUCAAAGCAACUGAUGUCAAAGUACCUGGGUGACAACCAUUCUCCGUUCGGGCCCCAGUUGGUUGGUGGUGCACUCUGCGGCACCCUCCCGUGGCUAUUUACGUACCCCCUUGAUACCCGCAAAACUCGCCGACAGAGUAUGAUACUCGGCCAAUCCAAAGAAGUGGGAGCCGCCGUGGCCAAGAAUUCUGUCUAUACUGGACUAUCCGUCAUCAUCCUUCGAACGGCUGUGCAGAACAUGCUCCUUCUGACUAUGUUCGAGUAUUUCAAGAGAGAGAUCGAUAAGCUGGAAGUUUGA